GACAAAGCACUGAGUUAGACAUUUGACCUUUCACCAACUUAAUAAUUCUGAUGGUUAAAUGACAUUUCACACUAUUGAGAGGAGUUUCUCACACAAGCAAAUCACUGCUGGUGUGCAACGGGACUGCCUGUUACUUUACUUCUAGUCACAGAAAAGUGACAGAAAAGUUAAUGAUAACCAGCCUAAACAACACUUUAAAGAGUACAUUCAGUCUGUACUUUAAGGACCACGGCAGUGCAGACGGAAUGGAAACGUUGCUUCAACAGCUGACCCGUGGGAACGCUCUGCUCCUCAUCAUUGUUUUGGGAAUUGGAGGAAGCUUUCAAAGUGGCUACCACAGUACUGAAUUGAGUUCUCCAUCACCGUACAUUCAGAGCUUCAUCAAUAGCAGCUGGUUCCACAGGUACAACGAGCCUCCACCCCCACGGACCAUCACGAUCAUCUGGUCCCUCAUUGUUUCCAUGUAUGCUGUCGGGGGACUCUUUGGUGCUUUCAGUGUGGAAUUGAUCACCGGCACGCUGGGAAGAAAAAAGGCGAUGAUCUGCACCAGCUUCAUUGCCAUAGUUGCAGGGGGGAUCAUGCUGACAAGUAAAAGUGCCAAAUCAUAUGAAAUGAUUAUCGUGGCAAGGAUUCUGUACGGCUUCUCCGCAGGUUUGGGGGCCAGCUCCCAUGUAAUGUACCUGGCUGAGAUUUCCCCUAGGAAGAUACGAGGGACUGUGACUCUGACCUCAGCCAUCUUUUUGUCACUUGGGAAACUGUUGGGGCAGUUUUUGGGACUUAGUGAGCUCCUUGGUCGUGAGCAACUGUGGAACAUCGUCCUCUCGGUCCCUGCACUUUUGUCAUUGGUUCAGGUUAUAGUGUUACCUUUUCUCCCCGAGGCUCCCAGAUACUUAUUCAUAGAGAAAGGUUGUGAAAAGGCUUGCAAAAAAGCUCUCCAGAGUUUGUGGGGCGAAGGUGACUACAAACAAGAGAUGGACGAGAUGUUGAUCGAACAGGCUGCCAUUGAGGCGGCCCCUCGAAAAAGCACCCUGCAGUUCCUGAGGGACUGCAGUGUUCGAUGGCAGCUUCUCACCAUGUCCGUCGUCUACUGCUGCAACCAGCUUUCGGGAAUUCCUGCAAUCAAUAUCUUCUCUUUUGACGUCUUCCAAAAGGCCGGCAUACCAACUGACAAGAUCCGCUAUGUGACUCUUGGUCUUGGAGUAUCUCAAAUCAUCACCUCCAUCUUCUGUGGGCUGCUGAUUGAGCAGAGUGGGAGGAGGCCUUUAUUCUGGGGGGGCUACGGCCUCAUGUCUGCCAGCUUGCUGUUGUUCACUGUCAUGCUCAAUUUGAAGGAUUCCAGCUACUGGAUUCCAUAUUUUUCCACUGGUUUGAUCUUCCUCUUCAUCAUCUUCUUUUGUGGGGGACCUGGGGGAGCCUCAAGCACUCUCCACAGUGAGAUCUUCAUCCAGUCCGACCGACUGGCUGCAUUUGUACUAUUGGGGAUACUACGCUGGUUGCUCUACGCUGUACUGGGCCUAGUAUUUCCAUUCCUUAUUGAUGCCCUGGACUCGUACUGCUUCGUGCUGUUCACCUGCGUGUGCCUGCUGGGUUUUCUUUACACCUUCUUCCUCCUGCCUGAGACGAAAGGGAAGACCAUGCUGGAGAUCUCUGCUGACUUCAAAGCCAUCACCGUCUGUGGGAAAUCCUUCUCAGAGGAAAAGACAUUGGAAACUAAGUUGUGAUCGCAGUCCAGAUACAGUCGACUGUUAUUUUAAAUGCACAAACGAGUGUGGCUGUGUGUGACCAAGAGGUAAAAGUUUAUGGUUUGUUAAAGUUAAAUGACUGAGACAAACCUAUAACACAGCACAAUGUCCAUCAACAGGUUACGCUUACAGGUCACUAAUGCAGACGUAUUGGUAUUUCUGUCAUUCUUUGUGCAUAUCAUGAUAUUCAGUAUGACUGUUUCUUGUGCAAAGAGAAAAUGCACACGUAUUCAAUGCUAUUUUGAUCUAAGACACAAAACAAUAAAACAGCAAUUGAUUUCCAUGGAAUAACCGAAGACUACUUGUACUUUGCCACUGAAAUGUCACUGAAAUCACGUGCUUGACAAAUGAACUGUGGCCGAACAACCUCAGCUGCUCAUUUGGAUUUUAAUAAAUGAAAGACUUCAUUACAUGGCAGUUUUGAAAGAUCUUUGAAACAAGCUGCUGAAGACCAUCACAGAUGUUUUUUCUUCUUUCCUGACUCGUACUUCUCCAAUGAGUCAUUGAGGGAAUGUAAAGUCAUCAUACAUUUGAGUACGGAUGAAAAAUCCAAUUGCUCAGUUCAAGCAAAUUAUGCUCAAUCUUGAUGUUUUAUUUAAACUUGCAAAAUGAGAGCAAACCAGCUUCAUACUAGUGAAACUGCUGUUAUUUGGGCUACCCACAUCCGAUAAAACGUCACCUGCAGCUGCAAAGUGUUUGUCACUAAGAGGUCAGAAGUUUCCUUCCUCCUGGUCCCCAGCAAUAAAUCACCCCCUGUUCCCUUUAGACUUUUUUCUUCUGCU